CUUACCAAUCUGAUAUUGUAUGUUUAGCAACACUUACAACGGCUGAAGUUUAUUGAUCUCACUUUUAUUUUAAAAAGAAAAAAUGUUGCUGCUGAGGUGCCUGGUAUUGCAGCUCUGAACUGCAUCACCAAUCUUAAAUGAUCUCCCACUCUCUUCCUCUGUUUCGGGCACUAAUAUACAGAUGGCAAUAUUCCACGUCAAUGCCCACUGGAAUGUAGCGUUCUUCUAUGCUGCAAGAAGUUGUCGAACGGCGAAGGUUAUUUCAGAUUUCCAAUAUCUGCGGGUUUAGAGUGCUUUUUGGAGACUAUUUUACGAUUGAUUCUCUGUUAGUGCGUUGAGGGCGGCGUUCCAUACAAGUGAUGGCAGCAGCGAACUGAGCAGAAACCUGCCGUACCGUCAUCUUUCUCCGACCAGAGAGGAAAACUUGGCAAAUUAAGUCUCGGCCGGCUCCCGCCGCCGCCGCCCGCGCUCGCACACUCCCUCCCCCGGCCAGCUGCUUCUUGCGGCCGCUCGGACUGCGGUGUCAGGACCCUGUCCGCUAGCGUUCACUGGCCGCAAUGAAGUGAGCCCGUCUCCACGAACCAAUCGCUGCCAGCGGCGGGCGGGCUUUCCCGGCGCUUGUCUUCUAUUUCACGUAGCGAGGGAAGUUUCAGCUAUCACUGAGGAGACACUGGCUUAUCUUUAUUAUCUCUCCACGCUGGAAAGGAUCGUAUUUAUCUUUCCCGUUACAGCAACAAGGCGAGAGAUCCCCGCUGUGUAUCCAACUCCCACGUGAAUGACUCGCCUUGCGUUGAGCGACCCCCCUGGUCUCUGGACGCCUCCUGAAUCCGCCAACCGGCACCAUGUCAUUUGUGAACGGCGAUACCUGAUCAGAGAAGGCUAGUUGCUCUCGCUGUCCCCAUCUCUCCCUCUCCUAACCUGGCGAACUUUGCACCGCACCUCGGCUGCUGUGCCCCAGCCCCGGCCCUGAGCUCAGGAAUUGAGGACCUGCCACUCGAUCCAAUGGGAGACAGCGAGAGAAUUAUUUCCCGUUUCCUGCUCUCUUCCGAGAUGUGCUCGUAGACCUGGAGCCAGGAUUGUUUUCAUGUGUCACUCCGAACCGCUGGACAAACCGAGUGUAUUUUAUCUGGACCUUCGGAAUGGCACAGUUCCCUUUGUAUUUGAACUCCGCAAUGCUGGUGCUGUUUAGCUGCGAAUUCCGCCUGGUGACAGCAACUGAUAGACCACCAGCUCCUGUGAAUGUCACUGUUAGUCAACUGAAGGCCAACUCAGCCAGUGUAUCCUGGGAUGUUCCUGAAGGAGAUGUCAUCAUUGGUUACGCAAUAUCACAACUGCGAAAAGAUGGUCAGAUGCAACGGUCAAUCCGUGAAGUGAAUACAACGAACCGAGCAUGUGUGCUGUGGGACUUAGAGGAAGAUACAGAGUACGUGAUCCAAGUUCAGUCAAUUGGUCUGAACGGGGAAAGUCGGGCCAGCAAGCGUGUCCAAUUCAGAACUCUAAAGGAAACUGAUUGGGUGCCAUCAAAUAGCUCGAAUAAAGAUGACCCGACAGUGCAGGAAAUGAAUAGAAACAUGCCGUUGCAGACGGGAGAAAUGAUCAUUAUCGUCACAGUCCUGAUCAUGUGGGCAGCUGUUAUAGCUCUCUUCUGCAGACAGUAUGACAUCAUUAAAGACAACGACUCAAACAACAAUAAGGAGAAGGCCAAGCCGUCGUCAGAGCACAGCACCCCAGAGCGUCCAACAGGCGGAUUAAUGCGUAGCAAGUUCCAAAAUAACACGCCAGCCAUUAACAUUAUCGAAGUUUGACUGCUGCAGUAUGGCACCGCAGAUGGAGCGACAACACAGGAGACUGAAGGACCGUUGUCUAAAUCUUAUUUAUCCAUACUUUGCAUUUUAACACCAGUUCUUUAUGCCUGAAAGCAUGUCGUAGCCAAGAGUUUCUUCCCUCAGAGAUAUCUGCAUGGAGACAGAAGCCAUGCAUGUGGGAAUCCUUCUUCAAUACAAAGGAUCAUCAAAGGUGACCUGUGCAGACAUUAACCAGGUCACAGGGACUUGCAGUAGCAGCCCGGCACUAAAUUCUGCUCUGCCGGCUUCAGAGCACUCCUCUCCCUAUAUAUCCAGAUUUGAUUCGUUGGUCUGCCAACUCAUGGAUGUGUCCUUUCUUUAUCAAAGGGGAGUCAACUGCCGGGAAGGUCAGCUUAUAGGGUCACAAUAGCAGGAAGGUGAUCAGUUAUAAAAUAACUCUGCUUCAAUGUGAAGUCAGAAUGUUCCCAUGAACCCAUUGGAAUACAAAGAUGAGGGAGCACCAGUACAGUGUGUCUGAGAUUAAAUUUUGAGACUUUUUUAAAUGUGCCAAUGACACUCGAAUUGAUCAUAUGUCUUAUCAAUCUGAUCUGAGAUCUUAAGCUAAGAUUCUAAGUCAAGCCACAUAGGGAGCGUUGCCUCUGGUUGGCAUUGACAUUGCAUACAUUUACAGCAUAUUUUUUAAUUGCUCUAGGAUUCAAUACAAACUCAGAUCCACACAUGUACAGUACUGUGCAAAAGUCUUAUGGCACAUAUAUGUAUAGCUUGGACAGUACUGUACUUGUCAAUGUGGAGCGGAGAGCAAGUUUGUAAGCCUGGUGGGAGCAAAAGAUGUUGAGAAUGGUAAGGGUGGAGUGCCACGGGAUGGGUGUGGGGCAGGUGGCAGAGAAGGAGGGCCAGGAGUGGGAGACAGCACAAGUGGAGAAACACCCAGCCCUCAGACACCAGACAAGGUAAUUUGAUUCCAAACAAUUGGUUUACUGAUCAUUACAGAAGGUCUCUCUGGUGCUUCCCCAUCCUCUCUUCUCCCUUCCCCUUUUCCCAACCACUCUCCCUGCCCCCUUCCCACUCCCAGCCCACCAUAGAGACCCAUAUCAGAAUCAGGUUUAUCAUCACUAACAAAUGUCAUGAAGCGUGUUUUAUUUUUUCUGCAGUAGCAGUGGAGUCCAAUAAAUUAAACUGUGACAGAACUGUGCAAAAGUCUUAGGCACCCUAGCUAUAUGUAUGUGCCUACGACUUCUGCAUAGUACUGUACAUUCAUGUUAUAUGAUGCAUCAGUUUCACCCUGAUUAGCUCCACUUUUGUAAAAUAACAUUGUUAUUUCAUUAACAUUCAACCAUUAUGUUGAUUGGUAAUAUUCCCAACAGACAGAUAUUAACCACGAAAGAGAAACAGGUUUCUCUAUACUAACGGAGCUAGGGCUCUCAUUUAUACCAUGGUGAAAACUCAAUAUUAAUGUACUCAUUACAAUAUAACACUCUGUGUAAUAAUAUGAUUGUAAUUAGAUCUAGUAGAAUUGAUUGAGAAAAAUGGUACCAACUUCUGAAUUUUUGAAGAGUUUGCUGCUUUAAAUUUAAAGAGGAAAUCCACUAAUCUGUUCAAAUGUUUCUAAAUGGAGGUGGAUUUCUUUUUAUUUUGAUUGCAGAGCCAAAGAUAGCAAUAUCCUGUGCAAGGGAUGAAAUGCCUGAUAUUGUGAAUUAUUUUAUAUGCCAUGCCUGUGGAAUAAUGGAAAAUGAAGUGAAUGGAAUAUUAUGUCAAAGUGAUUGUACUUUUCCAAGUGUCAGCAAUUACAAUGAAUUAAUAAUGCAAGCUGAACUAAAAAUUCCUUUGCCCUCCUGAUUCUUUUUGCUGUUUUCUACAAGUGUGUUCUUCUGUGACAGGUAGGAAUGCUGGGAGAGUAUUAAUGAUCAUUUUCUGGCCAAUAAGACGAGAAUGUGACCAGUUACCUAGGGAACCUGAAAUGAAUUAUUCCCUACUCACCCACCUAAAUAAAAGUGGAUACCUGCUCUUUAAGUGGCUCCAUUUAACAGUGUGGCCAACAUCAGAAUAAUGUUUGCAUAUUAAUUUUCUAAGACAUUGUAGUGUAAUGCAUUAAGCCAUCUAUAAACAAUGACAAGAAAUGCUAUCCUGAGGUGCAAGGUCAGAAUAGUUCCUUUAUACAGAUAGGCUGUACCAUGAAUUU